UUUUCCCGAUUGCCUGCUCAUAUUGGUUGCAUCUGCGCGCGUAUUUCGUACUGAUAGCUUCUAUUGUAACUAUAGUGACCCGAGAACGACGAGAAGUCUGGCGGAAUGACGUCAUAAUACCACACAAACGGUGCGCGAUUCGAUUUUUUGAUCAAUUGCUCACAAUAACAUAAACAUACCGGUAACGUAUAUCCUAAUCCAUUUUACGUCGAAUUACCCUAUGUAAGUCUAUAAUGAAUUCUUCGCACAAUCAGUAAAAUGUUCAGCUUCUCGCUAUUUAUUUGGAAACACUGUUACGACGGCGGCCACUUCUAAUAUUGUGACGUUGUGAACUACGUUUGUAACCUGCUAUUCCAGUAUCCAGACAUUGGCAAUCGCUUUAAAAACAAAAUGGAUGAUAGUUUGCAUGCGAGUACAUUCAAACGUGUUACUGCAGCAUGUUUCUACGCAUCCACCUCAAUACUUAUUGUAAUCGUGAACAAAAGUGUUUUAACAAGUUUUAAAUUUCCUUCAGCUCAGUUUCUUGGAUUGGGCCAAAUGCUUGCAGCAAUCAUCAUAUUAAGAAUUGGGAAGUUAUUAAAUUUGGUUUCUUUUCCUGACUUCAAUAUGACUAUACCACAAAAGAUUUUUCCGUUGCCAUUAUUAUACAUGGGGAAUCUGGUAUGUGGUCUCAUUGGUACCAAACAACUAAGCUUACCAAUGUUCACUGUUUUAAGAAGAUUUAGUAUUCUCCUCACAAUGUUGCUUGAGAUUUAUAUACUGGGAAAGAAACCCAGCUCAACGAUUGUCUUAACUGUUCUUACAAUGAUUAUUGGAUCAAUUGUUGCUGCAAGUAAUGAUCUUGCAUUUGAUCUUGUUGGUUAUAUUUUUAUUCUUGUAAAUGAUCUUUUCACUGCUGCUAAUAAUGUUUACAUCAAACAACAACUCAAUUCAAAGGAUCUUGGAAAAUAUGGAAUAACUUAUUACAAUUGCUUGUUCAUGGUCAUACCAGCUACAGUCCUAUCUUUUUUCACUGGGGAUAUUCAAUCAGCUCUCUCAUUUGAUGGAUGGAAUAAUAUGUACUUCCUUGUUCAGUUCAUCGCUUCAUGUGUUAUGGGUUUUAUAUUGAUGUACUCCAUAACUGUAUGUACCGCUUACAACUCUGCACUUACAACUACAGUAGUAGGAUGUCUCAAGAACAUUUCAGUUACAUAUAUUGGAAUGGUGUUUGGAGGAGAUUAUAUUUUCUCUUGGUUGAACUUCAUUGGAAUAAAUAUCAGUGUCUUUGGAAGCGUUUUAUAUUCUUACGUUGCCUUUCGAAGUAAACAAAAGGUUGCUACACCAGCGAGGGAAAAUAGUGCCUAAUUGUUUUACAGCAUGACAGUUUAUGCUUAGUUUUAUUAACGGAACUUUAUUCAGUCACUGUUUUGUUUCAGCAGUUUUUAUAAUCACCCUUGUAUGCACAAAGUAAUAUUUAUAUAGUAUUAUAAUCUUAGUCAACCAUUACAUACUGUUUUAUGCAUUAUACUUGGUAUAAUGUAAUUUACUCGUAUUUUUAGUAAUGUAGUUAUAGUAACUGCCAAUACAUUAAGCUAGUGAGAUAUA